UGAUUUAGCCACGCCACCAUACUCAACAUCGAGUUCAUGCGUAGGCAAUUCUUACUGUAAUAAUCCGGCCGAGACCUAGCUCGCAAGCGUAGUCAGAACGGAUGAACUGUAAAUUCCAACCUAGUCUCGUUUCUAAAUCUAGGCCAGACUGUAAUAUAAUAGUAUAAGUAUGUGUCGGGCCUGCCUUUGAGAAUACGGCCGUGUCUGCAAAGCAUCACUAAUCCAACAUCAUGAGGUCGCACAUUUCCUUGUCUGCCGUCCUAGUCUUCGUUCUCGGAGUCGUUUCCGCCGAUAAACAAGUGCGCACGAAACCAGACCAAGGAGCCUUAGUCGUCGAUGCAUCAGGUGCAUAUCCCAACAGCUACCUUAACAUUAGUGCCGCCGUAGCAGGACUCCACAACAACACCGACGCCCAAAGGAUCUUUAUCUUCCCCGGUACAUAUACCGAGCAAGUCUACAUACGCCGGCUCGCAGGCCCCCUCACUAUCCAAGGCUACACAAAUGACUCCACUACCUACAAGAAGAACCAAGUUACCCUCACCUACAACCUCUCGCGCAAAACCCCUGGUCUAGCCAAUAACGACGCAACAUCGACCCUCCGCCUCUGGACCUCCAACGUAAAACUCUACAACCUCAACAUCGCCAACACCUUCGGCGCCGGCUCCCAAGCCCUCGCACUCAGCGCCCAAAACACAAACCAAGGCUUCUACGGCUGCAAAUUCACCGGCUACCAAGACACCAUUUACGCUAACGAAGGCCGCCAAAUCUACGCCAAAUCAUUCGUAAACGGCGCCGUGGAUUUCAUCUUCGGACUCCGCGCCGUGGCCUUCUUCAACAAACUGGACAUCGAAACCGUCGGCACCGGCUUCAUCGUCGCUAACGGCCGCGACUCCGAGGAAAACACGAGUUUCUACGUCUUCAACAAGGUCAAUGUUACUGGGUCUAGUGGUCCGGGUUCAACAGAUCUAGGACGCCCCUGGAGACCAUUUAGCAGGGUUCUUUUCCAGCAGAGUUACCUUGGUGAUGUGGUUACGCCACGGGGAUGGUCACAGUGGGACGAUGUGCAGAGUACGGAUAAUGUUACUUUCCAAGAGUAUCAAAAUUGCGGGCCUGGAGCGAAUGCGUCGGCGAGGGUGAGCUGGAGUUCACAAGCUACUGCGCCGGUUAAGGCAUCGGAUUUGUUUGGGAGCGAUUUUAAGAAGGAGAACUGGGUGGAUGUUGAUUAUUUGUAAAUAUUUUCAUUGAAGGGACUUGUAUAUAUCAUUAUUUAUGGGUUAACUACUGUAAAUAUUUAGUGCUACUAUUUUCCCGAGCUGCUUCAGCAGAUUCACAAGUACAAUAACUACUUAUCUAGCGCUAUCCUGACUUGGCUCAAGCUCGUCCG